AUGUAUACAACGGAACGCAGGCGCAUGAGCCUGCACGAGAUCAAAAGGAAAGACCCAGUUAGAGUUUCAGCAGGAAGUCUGUGGCAGGACCCUCAAGCCAUCGAGCUCAGCACGAGUAGGAACUUAAUUUCCCCGCGGAGUAGAACGAGGGCUCUGUCCGUGGUGUAUAUUGCUAUUGAGGACGCAUCUUUACCUCAAACGGAAGAAAACCUCUCACUAAAAUGUUUGAAGGAAGCCUGCGCAGAUACUCGUUCUGAGCUCAGAACCAUUCCUUUCGAAAGAAUUGCGCUGGGAACAACUGACGUCUUGGAUAGUUUCUACAAUGCAGAUGUUACCGUGGUGGAGAUGAGUGACUCUUUCUGCCAGCCCUCCCUCUUCUACCAUUUGGGUGUGAGAGAGAGUUUUAGCAUGAUAAACAACAUCAUAUUGUACAGCAAUAAGCAGGAAAACGAUCUUCAGACUCUUAAGGAGCAAUGUGGGAGCUAUACCUUCAUCCCCUAUGUGGUGUCACCUCAGGGCAAAGUAUUUGCCUGUGAUGCUACCACAGUGAAGGGAAUCAAAGAGCUACUGCAGCCUAGCUUUAAAAUUGAACCCCUGCUAACCCCUCUGGUGGAUAGACUGGUUAAGAUCCUGGAAAAUGUCCACAUACACGCAAGUGAAUACUUUCACGAGUCCAUCCGUCGGGAGAUCCGCACUGCCCGGGAGCGUUUCACAGGCCAGGCUUUGAGUCAGGAGCUCGGCCGGAUCCAGAAACGGCUGGACACGGUGGAUCUCCUGAGCCCCGACAUCGUCAUGAACCUGCUGCUGUCCUACCGUGACAUCCAGGACUACGAUGCCAUAAUCAAACUGGUCGAGACUCUGAAUAAUCUACCCAUGUGUAUGGUUACAGCUCAACAGAAUAUCAAAUUUCACUACAUAUUUGCGCUUAACAGGAGAAAUAAGCCUGGUGACCGUGCCAAGGCCCUGUCAGUCAUUCUACCCAUUGUGGAGUCCGAAAAAAGAGUAGCAUCUGACGUGUACUGUCUCUGUGGACGCAUCUAUAAAGACAUGUUUAUGGACUCUGGCUUUACGGACGCACAAAGUCGAGACCAGGCCUGUUACUGGUACGGCAAGGCAUUCGAGAACGAACCCACUCUACACUCCGGGAUAAAUAGCGUCGUUCUUCUAAUGGCUGCUGGCCAUGAAUAUGAUACCUCCAUCGAACUGCGCAAAAUCGGAGUGACACUCAGCACGUUACUGGGCAGGAAAGGCAGUCUGGAGAAGAUGCAGCACUACUGGGAUGUGGGCUUCUAUCUGGGCGCCAGCAUCCUGGCCAACGAACACAAGAAAGUCAUUGAGGCCUCUGAGAAACUUUAUAGACUCAACCCGCCAAUGUGGUAUUUGGCGUCCAUCAUGGAGACAUAUAUCAUGUACAAACAGUUUGUCAAACCUCCAGAAGUGAGACACCCUAAACAGGAGAUUGUAGACUUUUGGAUGGAGCUGUUGGUGCAAGCAUGCAAACCAAGCGUCUCCACUGCUCGUUGUCCAGUGCUGAUUCUGGAGCCUACCAAGUUAUUCCAGCCCAGCAUAGUGAGUGUGAGUGAGGAGGAUGAAAACUGUACUGUGCAGCUGAAGCAUAUUACGCCAUUAAAGAAAGGCCUCCACCAGUGGACUUUCCCAGCGUCUCAGAUUCGGGGAGUGAGUGUUUCCAAGUUUGAUGAGCGGAGCUGUUUCCUCUAUGUCCUGUACAACUCUGAUGACUUUCAGCUGUGUUUCCCCAGUGACCUGCACUGCAAAGGAUUCUGUGAGCUGGUGAAUUCACUUCGGCAUCGGGCUGAAGACACGAUUGAUGAGCCCGGUCCUCUGUGUGGAGGUGUGUUAGAGUAUAUGUACGAGACGAAUGAAAAUGGAGACAAGGUGGUUCUGGGAAAAGGAACCUACGGAGUGGUGUACGCGGGGCGAGACCUGAGCAAUCAAGUGCGGAUUGCCAUCAAAGAGAUUCCAGAAAAAGACAGCACCUAUUCUCAACCACUUCACGAGGAGAUCGCCCUACACAAGCGACUGAAACAUCGUAAUAUAGUUCAGUAUCUGGGCUCAGUCAGCGAAGAUGGUUUCAUCAAGAUCUUCAUGGAAGAAGUGCCCGGAGGAAGCUUAUCUUCUCUCCUGAGAUCAAAAUGGGGACCCCUUAAAGAUAAUGAGGCCACCGUUGUCUUCUACACUAAACAGAUACUGGAGGGACUAAAAUAUCUCCAUGAUAAUCAAAUAGUUCACAGAGAUAUCAAGGGAGACAACGUGUUGAUUAACACAUACAGCGGUGUACUGAAGAUAUCAGACUUUGGCACAUCCAAAAGAUUAGCUGGUAUCAACCCAUGCACAGAAACAUUCACAGGAACUCUGCAGUAUAUGGCUCCUGAGAUUAUAGACCAGGGUCCCCGUGGUUACGGGAAACCAGCAGACAUCUGGUCUCUGGGCUGCACCAUCAUAGAGAUGGCCACAGGGAAACCUCCCUUCCAUGAGCUGGGCAGCCCACAGGCUGCCAUGUUUAAGGUUGGCAUGUUUAAGAUCCACCCUAAAGUGCCCGAAGUCAUGUCAGAGGAAGCGAAAGGAUUCAUCAUGAGCUGCUUUGAGCCUGACCCAGACAAAAGGUCCACAGCGACAGAGCUUCUGAAGGAUGGUUUCCUAAAGAGCAACCCCAGGAGAAAGCUAAAACCUCAGUUAGAACCUUCUCAAAAAGAGGGUCAGUAUCAACGGAGCAUGUCCGUACCUGUUUCGGUACACGUGGAGGACACAGACACUGAGGGGACAGAGCUGUCCAACUCUUUUGACUUGAGGAGGACGGUGCCUGGUCUACGCGUCAACGAUAUCGCCGAGAGCCCACCCAGUUCCAACAGCUUCCUCCCAGUGCCGGAGGAUUCUCAGGGUGACAUGGCAAGCCCAGCGGGCUCUGGGGAGAACCUGGGUCUGUUUUUGUUAAGGAAAGACAGUGAGAGAAGAGACACGUUGCACAGGGUACUCACUGAAUUUAUCAGCCACGUGGUUCAAAACAUCCAGGACACCCUGUCUCAGACUGAUGAGUCCCCCAUUACCUCAGAACACAUCACUGAGCUGAUUGGCUGCUUGCGGGAGAACAUCCGCUCUCCGGACAGUAAGCACCUGACCAACAGUCUCCUGAAGCUGCGUUCCAACCUUCUCAGUGCUGCAGUACCCAUAAACAGCCUGCAGUCGGUGCUCUUCAGCUUCCAAGACGCAGUUAAGAAAGUGCUGAGGCAGCAGCAGGUGAAACCUCAUUGGAUGUUUGCCCUGGAUAACCUCCUACGACAGGCCGUGCAGGAUGCCAUCACUGUUCUUUUGCCCGAACUCAAGCUCCAGCUUCAGUCAUCCUUUGAAGUGGACGAAAGCUCCCCUCAGAACACCCCCACCCGAGAACAGCUCAGGGAACCUGAGCAGGAACCUAUGUUAGCCCCCCUCACGGAGGAGGACGUCAUCUCAGCUGCUAUAGAGGAAACAGAGGCGGGUUGUGUGUCAAGGUCGCAUCUGUCCAGGGAGCUACUCUCCAGCUCUGCCCCUCUAGCCAAGGAACUGACACAGCUCCGCCUGGAGACCAGGAGAUUGCUGACUCAGCUGAGUGAAAAAGAGAAAGAAUACCAAGAGCUUCUCAGAAGCUCAGUUCAAAGAAAACAGAGUCUGAUCAAUAGUCUCAGAGACACGCCCGGAACAGAUGACACAGAUACUAAACCUUCCUUUCAGGACACCCACAGCUUGGCUAUGAUUCGCUGGCUGAAAAACCUACGUGUGGAUCAGGAGACUAUAGACACACUGCUUGCACACGCGUUUACUCUGGACAGCCUUCUUCACAUCGCCUCUAGAGACGAUCUCAAAUACAGUGGAAUCAAGGGUGGGAUGCUGUGUCGCAUCUGGACGGCCAUUGCAGCGCAGAGGAAGUCGGGGCUGUCUCCGCUCACUGAGGACAGUGAGGAUACCUUACUCUGA